AUGGCCAACAGUGUAGCUUUCCAGAGCAAGUUAACCUCGAUCAUGGAGAUGCUAACUAAAGCAGCCGUGGUGGAAAUCAGCAAACUGUGGGAGGACGGCUUCGCUUUGGUCCAGGUCGAGCUUCGGAGGAGAGAGAUUGAAAUCGAGGCUCUGAACAGAAAGUUGUUGUUGAUGGAAAAGGAGCGGUUAGCGGCUCGGGCUCAGACUGCAAAUAACUCAUCAUCUUUUUCCAAGAGAGAGCAGCAGAAUAAGCUGCUGCCGCCCGACGGCGAUGGGCCCACGAUAGAGUCGGUGCAGACUUUGUCUUCAGAUCAGAGCGUGAGAGACAAGGUGGAUAUUUCACCAAAUCAGGGAACGUCAUCACCUCCUCAAACAGAAGAGAAACGCAGUGAGCAGCGCAAAUCUGACAGUGCGGGCAAAGAUGACGAAGACUUAGUAGUCAAGCUAGAAGACGAGGAUGACAUCCAGAUCGUGGAGCAGGUCGUGGACUCGGAUCACAGCGUUAACAGUGGAGCAGGUCCCCACGAGCUGAAUCUGAACCACCAGCCUGCUGAGGUUGUGGAAGAGCAAGAGUCGCAGCAGUGGCUGACUGUUUCGGUGGGAGACAGCGACACUGCAGAUGACUCGGAGUGCUUUUUCGAACCAAAGCAGUUGUCUCAAAAUCUGGACUCCGAAAUCUUGCUCAUUCAAAAUGCCUUGGACAUUUUCGAUAAUUCAGCAGAGGGAGCAUACUCGGACAGGUUUAUGAGGGACAAUGAAACGGUUCAAGGUGCAUCAAGUAAAUCAAGGGCUCCUGUGACUUUCAGCCAGUCUCAGCCAAGUCAACCUAUAGAAGCAAUAAAUCACUCAGAGAGAGGAAUGUCCAUUAGAUUCCUCUCAGAAAAACAGCAACCACAGACUAAAAACAUGUCAACCUUUAACACAGACAACAGACUCUUUCAUUUAAACGACCCAGAGUUGCACAAAACUAUAGCGGGGCGCCGCAUUAGGGAGAAGUGGUACAUCUGCCCGUUCUGUGGGAAGAGCUUUGAUCGCAUCAGCCACCUCGAGAUACACCAGCGAAUUCACACAGGAGAGAAACCGUACACAUGCGACACGUGUGGCAAGUGCUUUUCUCAGAGGAGUAACCUUCGCACUCAUCAAAGGACUCACAAAGAGGCUCUCACACAAAAUGCAGUUUAAUUCAGUAGAUUUUGAAGAAAAGCUAGAAAUAUCUAAGUGGCUUUUAGAUCUAGAUUUAUUAACAAAUUCUGCUUGUUUUUUGAUAUUUCUGGAAAAAUAAUGUAGCAGACUGAUUUAACUGUGCCCUCUUUUUGUGAAAUAAACAAAAAUUUUGACACCGUGUGGCUUUUAAGAACUAAAACAGGAACAUAUGAACUGCCAGAAAAGAGGUUUUUAACACACAUAUGACAUACUAGGAACAUAUGACCUCUAAGACAUUCAGUUUAAGCUAGACAGGAAAAAUCCAGCAUUUAAUCGCUUAGUUUUCCUCGACCUGAUGGAAAGACGGUGAGGAAAAGUCACAAGACAUUUGAUAAAUU